ACCCAGGAGCGCAAGCGGAUAUCACUUUAUUACUCAUGUGAUUACCUGGUGAAAGGAAUCCGAUCUUUGACUUUUUACGCAUGAGAUAAAAGAGAAUAAGGAGAUAACCAGGGUGAGAUUCCGUGACAUUUCCGUUGUUUAAGAAGAGGUGCACAGAUCUCUUGGCGGCUUUUCUUCCUCAAAGGACUUCUCGUUGGUGUGGGGGGCGCUGAUGGAGGCAGAACUUCCUGUCUGUCUUUUUGCAUCCCAGUGCGUGGAGAAAUAAUUGAGUGCAGUGAAAGCCGAGCAUUCAUUCAAAGACCUUGACUGGCGCUACUGAAGCCUGGAGGCUCAGUAGUGAUUCAGCAGCACCGCGGAGCAGCGCCUAGGAGACAGUGGUGGUGAGCAGGAAGGAAUAAAGGGAAAAAAAGAGAAAAGGAAAUUUCAAAAGAAGGAGGGGAACAACGUGAGCUGCGCGCCGAUUUGGAGCCGCGUUUUCAUCGCUUAACAACACCGAGAGAGAGGGGAUUAAAAAAGAGAGAGAGAGAGAAGCCGGUGAAAACUUCCCCCAUCGCGGCCAAAACCUUCUGAUUUUACUUAAAAAACAAUUAAACUCCGGAAAAUUCGGUUUGCAGUGGAUUCUGACGGAUGCGCACCGGAGCUAUCCAGGGGUGUAGCCGCGGUUCCCGUCGUGCGUCUUUGCGCUGUUAGAGGUGGUGUGUGACUGAGAGUGUGUAAGAGAGGAGGAUACAGAUAGAGGUGGAGGAUCAGCCGGAGUGGCCGACCAGCCAGAAGGAUGCUGGAGGGCAAUGCCUGCAGAAAGAGAGGAUGAGAUUUGUCGAAAGGCGCUGGAACUGCUCUCGGACCUUUGCUCCAAGGGAGAGGUGCAGGACGACAACUGCCUGGAUUUCAUUUAUUACUUCAGGGAUCUGGCCAGACCCCGUUACACGGACUCAGAUGUAUCGGUGAGCCUGUUGUCUCUGCUGGUGACCACCUGUGGUCUGGCUCUCUUCAGCGUCUCCCUCUUUGUCUCAUGGAAGCUGUGCUGGGUGCCACUAAGUGGUCGUUUCCUCCCAGAUGUCCUCAAGGGGGCGCACUUCUUGGGAGGAGACCAACAACCUGUCCUCACAGAGGUGGACGGGGAGGAAAGGGAAUACAGUGAAGAUGGCUGUGUGAAGGAGCCUUCGGGGCCCCCUUCGGGUGUGCCUGUCCCGGAGUCGGCCUUGAAGAUAAGCCACACAUCACCUGACAUCCCACUGGAGACGCAAACUAAGGUGGAGAAAAACCAUGCUCACACUCUGGCCAGGGACAGGGUUCAGAGACAGAUUACUGAACCUACCUCUUCUGUACGGCACAACUCCUUCCGUCGUCAAAUGAACUUAUCCAAUCCCGACUUCAACCCUGCUCAGUUCCAGCGCCAGGAGUCUUUGUCUGGUUUGGGUCGGAUCAAACCAGAACUUUACAAGCAGCGCUCGAUUGAUGCAGAAGAUGGCCAUAGAACCUCUAACUGUGGGCGCCUUCACUUUAUCCUUAAGUUUGACUUUGACCUGGAGCAGCUGAUCGUGAAGAUCCACAAGGCCCAGGACCUUCCUGCCAAGGACUUCUCAGGAACCUCUGAUCCUUACGUCAAAAUCUACCUGCUGCCCGACCGCAAAACCAAGCACCAGACCAAGGUGCACCGCAAGACACUCAACCCGGUGUUUGAUGAAGUGUUCCUCUUUCCUGUGGCGUAUGCAGACCUGUCGAAUCGUAAGCUACACUUCAGUAUUUACGACUUUGACAGGUUCUCUCGCCAUGAUUUGAUUGGCCAAGUGGUGGUGGACAACUUCUUGGAUCUUUCCGACUUUCCCCGGGAGACAAAACUGUGCCGGAACAUACAAUAUGUAACCUCGGACAAUGUGGACCUUGGAGAGCUGAUGUUCUCACUGUGCUAUCUCCCAACGGCUGGCAGGCUUACCAUCACAAUUAUCAAAGCCAGAAACCUCAAAGCCAUGGACAUCACUGGAGCCUCAGAUCCAUAUGUGAAAGUGUCUCUGAUGUGUGAUGGUCGAAGGCUAAAGAAGAGAAAGACAUCCACCAAGCGUAACACUCUGAAUCCAGUGUACAAUGAGGCCAUUGUGUUUGAUGUUCCUCCUGAGAGCAUUGACCAGAUCAGCCUGCUAAUAGCUGUCAUGGACUAUGAUCGGGUUGGGCAUAAUGAAGUGAUCGGGGUAUGCAGGGUAGGCAGUGAGGCUGAGAGUCUUGGGCGAGACCACUGGAAUGAGAUGCUGACGUACCCACGGAAGCCAAUCGCACACUGGCACCCGCUCGUAGAGUGGGUCGGACAAGGAGCGACGGUGAGUGGAAGCCAAGGAGGAUCCACCAAUUCCCUGAAGACGCCACCAUCACCAUAACCACACACACACACCAGUAUACUCACACCAACACACACAGACGCACACAGAUAUAGAGCCUCAGGGUGGUAGAACAACGGGCCAACAGACAGUCCUACUUAAUGUUAAAACAUACAGUACAAAGAGUGGCUAAGAAGUGGCUGCAGCAGUGGGCUAACAUCAGCUAUAAGCCAAUAUUCAAACUGUGUGUCAUUAGAUUGAACUAGGUGUUAGUGUGCUAAGGCUGGAGCAAAGUCUAAUUCCCACUUCCUCUUACUUCCUCUUGUGUCUUCACAACCAAAUAAACACUUAACUACAUUCCAACUAAACUAGUACGGUACUUUUGUCAUAUUGAGCUGUUACUGACAGUAUUAACAGAUUAUCUAACAGAUUCAGCUUAUGCCUCUUUUUUGUUUAUAGGAAAAUUGCAGUUUGUGGACCAAAAUAUUAUAUUUUUAGGUGAAUAUGCACAGCUGUGACUGUUGAUUUGUGCAAGUGAUGAGCUAUCGCAGGCAACAUAUUUGCUCAAUAGUAGGAUUUAGAAAGGCGAGUUGCAGAAUUAGAAAGCAUCACUGUUCAGAUCAACACAUUUCAGCUCUUUUAAAAGUUUUAUUUGUUGUGUGCGUUUGGUUAUAUCGUGUGUUGCCUCUAUCAGCGGCAGCUGGAGCGGACACGAACAGAGGAGAUUCAAAUGCAAACCUCAGUUUUACUUCACGUAGUGAAGACGAUUUCCUGUUAAGAAGUAAAAUGGAAGAGGAGCUGAUUUGAUCGAAGAAUGUGUAAAAUGUCAGAAUGAACAUUUUUAGUGCAUGUUAAAUUGGCAUCCUUUUUUAACAGGGUGUGGUCAUAAUUAAGGAAACAUAAGUUGUCAUCAGUGGAAAAAGGGCAGUCCACUCAUCUCACCUAAAGUAAAUACAUAAUGAUCAUCAUUACUUACUAAUGUUAUUUGGCUUUACAAGAAUUUACAAUUACAAUUUCAGCACAAACAUUAAUAACAUGAAAUAAAAGUUUUACAUUAAACUGUUUGACUUAUGGUUGACACUGUACUGUACUUAGUGUCUCGUCUGUUAUGGUUACUCUUGGAAAAUGUUUUACACUUUUGCAGAUAAAUGCUGACUGAAGGUUUUGACUGUUUUUAAAGCUGUUGCAGUGGAAACAGCUGUGCGCUUCUGCUGGAAACAAGGCUGAUGAGCCAUGAAAACAAAACAUAAACAGAAAUCCGUAGACUGUAAGAUCUAAAGAAGUUCCACAGAGCAAAAGGGGGUUGUAAACUUCAGUUGUUAUUUUCAGUAGCUAAGGCAGGGGUCCCCAACUCCAGGCCUCGAGGGCUGGUGUCCUGCAGGUUUUAGAUGUGUCCGUGAUCCAACACAGCUGAUUCAAAUGGCUAAAUUACCUCCUCAACAUGUCUUGCAGUUCUCCAGGGGCCUGGUAAUGAACUAAUCGUGUGAUUCAGGUGCGUAGACCCAGGGUGAGAUCUAAAACCUGCAGGACACCGGCCCUCGAGGCUUGGAGUUGGGGACCCCUGAGCUAAGGAGAUACAUGUUCCAUGUUGCAAGAUUACAUGUAAAUGUAAAGAUAUACAUUAGUGCAGCUUUUAAUCUUGCAAAUUCCUUUUACAAUUCACAGUUAAUCAAAGUAUAUGCAACCGAUUGACAUUCACUGUGGAUGUUACAGACCUGUGGUCUAGGGAAAAGAGCCAGGUGAAUGAGAAGGGUCUUUUACAGGAGGCAUUACUGCCAACAUGAGCUCACUUUGAUUCAACAUGCCGAAUGAGGCGAUCAAAAUACUCUGAAUAAACAGCUGGCUUGUUGUAGUUUGUCUGAUUAUGUGACUGCUCAUGUUUUUCUGCCCCCUGUAGUGAUGUCACCAUGUUCCCAGAUGCUACAAAAAAUAUAACCCAUGUUGUAACAAAUCAGUUAUCCUUAGGGACUACACAAUGACUGCAGAUGUUAUUGUGCAACCCCCUUUGGGACUCCUUUGUGCCUUUUUGAUGUGCUUUGCCAGUUUGCCAUUCAGUGUUCCAAUUUAGAGAGGUGUUUAGAAGACAAUGAAGGUGGUAACUCUUAAUAAUUUGUGAGAAGUGAGGAGCUUUUGCAAUUAAGGGGUCCUAUAAUGUUUGUUUUGUUUUCUGUUAUAUACAGAUUUACAAUAGGAGAUGUUUAUAAUAAAGAUGGCCAACAUUUAAAAUAGUAAUCCCUGUGUGCCAAAAGAUGUAUCUGUUCUUAGAUCUGUAUGAUGUCAGACAGAGGGCAUCUCCAUAAUGUGGUCAUUUUAGCACACAGCUCUGACAGCUCAAGUCAUGAGGGGCAGCCAAUCAGAAGAAAUCUGGCUGAAAGGGAGGAGCUAAAAAGGCUUGUUUCAGACAAUGCAUGCAUUAAAACUUUGAUUCAUGCAAAGCUACUUUAGUAAAGUCUGAUAAAAUAAAACAAAGCUGGAAAUGAGCAUGACAGGUCCCAUUUAAGUUAAUUGAAUGAUUCCACAGUGAAGCUGCCCUGUCCCACUGUAAUGACACUCAAUGUUGCUUUUCUUUAACUGGAACCAUACUCUGUGAUAGUAAUUUAAUAAGCCAGUGUUUGUUCGUUUUCUAACAAAAAUCUGUUUAAAUUCAGAUUAAUACCAGUAUUGUUUAUGGCUCGGUAUUGGACACUGUCACGAAUAACAGUUUCUUCUGUGUUUGUAGGUACCAUGCAUGCAUCAUUUUUUUCAGAGUCAUUUUUAAUAAAUAUCUUUUUUUUUGUGAGAUACUAAUCAUAUUGUAAACACAAGAUGUAUUAUGAACCUAAGGCAGAGUGUGUACAUUGUCCAUUCAGAUGUUAUUAAUAAAUAUUUCUAUAUAUAGCAUGGAUUGAUUUAUGGGGAGUGUGAGAUGCAGCGAGAAGAUGCUUCAGAGAGAGAAUGAAUGAGACAGAUAUAAACACGUGUAUCCCCCUCAGGCCUUCUGCUAACACCUGUGUUGUGA